CUGACGCACCAAUGAUAUCGCGACUGCUUGACCUUCAAGUGCAUGGCAUCCUAAGGAACGGUGGUUGCUGCUAGUCCGUCUCUACCUGUAAUCAGUAUAAACAUACAGUUUAUCGUGGAUUUAAUUAUAACAAAAAUGGGUCAACCUGUUGUGUUAUUCACAAUGUAUGGCUGUAAUGUGACUUUAUUCCUCGCUGUAUUUGUGUUUUUGUGGUGUAUGUAUAUUUGGGAAACAUACUUGAGUAUUCGUCAGAGAAGGAAAAUUGUUGAUACAAGGACAGUGCCUACUAAAUUAGCAAGUGUUAUGGAUGAUGAAAAAUUUCAAAAGUCACGUCUUUACGCCAUUGAUCGAUCAAGCUUUGGCCUAGUUAGUGGGUUAUAUCAUAUGAUAGAGUUAUCAGUAACUUUAUAUUUUUCAUUGUUACCAUGGUUGUGGUAUACAGUUGUUAAUCACAGCAUUAUCUUGAACGCUUAUGUGCUAAACAAAUUCGGUGUUGAUAUCGGCCUUGGAAAUGAUAGUGAAAUAAAAUGUUCUAUCAUUUUCUUCCUGUAUGUCGCUGUAUUUGUAUUUUUUGACUCGCUCCCUUGGACAAUUUAUAGCACAUUCGUUAUUGAAGCACGCCAUGGCUUUAACAAGCAAACUUUCGGUUUUUUCAUUAAAGACCAAAUCAAGUCGUUUUUUAUUUCAAUUAUUAUAGGCAUUCCAAUAAUGUCUUGCCUAGUUUGGAUAAUCAAAGUUGGUGGACAAUAUUUCUACUUGUAUGCCUUUUCAUUUACAGUCGUGGUCACUGUGUUUCUAAUGUUUGUGUAUCCAGAGUUCAUUGCUCCAUUGUUUGAUCGUUACGAACCCUUACCUGAUGGAUCUUUAAAGACAAAAAUUGAAACAUUAGCUGCGUCUAUCAAGUUUCCUUUGAAAAAAUUAUUAGUCGUCGAAGGAUCGAGGCGUUCUGCCCAUAGUAAUGCAUACUUUUAUGGUUUUGGUAAGAACAAAAGAAUUGUAAUUUUUGAUACGCUUAUUCGUGGUUUUAAAUUCCCAAAUAAGAAUGAAGACCCAACUAAGCAGGAAACUGAUAAUGACUCUGAUCAACGGGGCUGUGCAAUUGAUGAAGAAAUAUUAUCAGUAAUCGCUCAUGAAUUAGGACAUUGGAAAUUAGGACAUACAAUCUAUAAUCUUUUCAUUGGCAAAGCAAAUCUCUUAAUGUUGUUCGUAAUAUUUGGCCUUCUUAUGGAUGUGGAUGAUUUGUUUGUAUCGUUUGGUUUUAAAAGCAAUGAUACUCCAGUAAUAUUGCGGCUGUUUAUUAUCUUUCAGUACAUUUUCUCUCCGUAUAAUACAGUCAUUGACUUUCUAAUGACAGUCUUAUCUAGGAAGUUUGAAUUUCAGGCAGAUGCUUUUGCUGCUAAAUUGGGUUAUAAUAAUUAUUUAAAGUCAGCUUUGGUAAUUCUGUUAAAAGACAAUUUAUCUUUUCCUGUGUGUGAUUGGUUGUAUUCAAUGUUUAACCAUUCCCACCCCCCACUUCUUGAGCGUUUAAAUGCAAUUGAAAAGUGUAAAUCUGACUAAAUUAUGUUAUAUUUCCAUUUAAAUGUAUUUUUUGAUCUAUAUCAAUUGACUAUUGUUUGGCAUUCACCUUUUGUUAUCCACUUCCACAAAUUUUUCUCUGUGUUUGUAAGUAAGAUGUUUUUUCAAUAUAUAUAAAUCUACUUUAAAAACCAGACUGUAUUUAUAAUUAGUGUAAUAUGAUAUGGUUG